UCCGGGGAGAUUACUCAUUCCUCCUCUGUGACUCGAGAACUGCUGCACAGUUCCAGCUAUACAGCUGUCUUAACAUCAAACAACAUGCAAUCCUUCAUUUCUCAACAGCAAACAAAUUUCCUCGUUGCCACAAUGAGCAAGUAUUCUUCAGCAGUGAAGAAUAUGGAGCAGACAGUCAUGCUUCCCAGCCUUCUUCAAGACAUCCCUUUGGAAGAUCAAAAUGAAGCAAAAGAUGUCUCAGUCAGUUCUCAGAACUUGUAUGAAUGCUACACCCAGCUGAAAUACAUUAAAGACAUUGUGGAGAGCGGUCAACUGCCCCUUGAAGAUUUGAAACGACAGAUCAACGAUGCCUAUGACCUGGAACAUGAAGACGAGACAAAUUUAGAGACACUUUUCUAUAUCCAUGUGAAGGGGCUCUGCGCUGUGUUGAAUAUAUUGACCAAAAAAGCCAACAUGUUGACGAGCAGGUAUAAGGACAUGAUAGGAAUUUCUUUGUAGCUUUGAUGCAAAGAAGAGAACGAUAACUGUUCAUCCGAGAAUGAACAACCUGAAAGAAAGAAUCUGAGGAGAAAGGAAGGUAACUUUUCUGUUUGGCCUCUAACAAAGACCAAAAUAAAACCUUACAGACAUCCAACUGCAGAAUGUGUUGAGAAUGAUCCAGAAUGCACCAUUGGAUUUGUAUUUGCAAAAAUACCAACAAGCUUUUUGAGAGGAGACUUGAACUGUACUAAUUUUGCCAGCCACAAAGUAGAAAGAUUAAAUGUGCAGCACUUGUGAAUUUUAAAAUCAGCUGAUGAAACCUUCCUUUUGCAAGAAACAUUUUGGUAAACUGUAUUGUGAUGAAUAUGGCUGAUUCAACUACUACAAUAUGCACAAUUUCCCUAAUGGUACGUGAUUUGUAUCAAUGUGAACAAAAUGCAUUGUUCCCAUAUAUGGCACAAAUAAAAUUGGACAGAGUAUUUAA